ACCAUCAUUGCGUUAUAUAGAACUACCAAUCGAAUUGAUUACCCAUACAGUACUUCAAGAAUUGGCUUAUAAAUGUACUUCUCUUACUCACAUGUUACUUGAUUUUUCAACUGCUAUGCAACUUCAUGACUUUAGUGAUUUACAAACAUUUCCCAGCAGGCUGCGGACAAUGUGUAUUUGCUUAUCAGAAGUUAUUUUUAUGGAAGGUUUUAUGCGAAAAAUUUACAACUUCAUCAAUGGACUAGAAGUUUUACAUCUUAUAGGUACAUAUGAAAAAGUUGCAGAAGAAGAAGAAGAAAUCUACGAAGUAAUUAACAUUCAUAAAUUAAAAAGUGCAGUUCCAAAUCUUCGAGUUGUCAAUCUUUAUGGCAUUAUCUUCGUGGAUGACAGUCAUGUAGAAGCCCUUAGUAGUAACUGUAUACAGUUGGAAUGUCUUGCAAUUAAUUUUUGCCAUAAAUUCACCGGAUCAACUUUAAAAUUACUUCUCCAACGAUGCAAAAAGCUAAAAUGUCUCUUGAUGCAACAAACAUGUGAGUAAAAUGAAAGAAAGUAAUUACUUAAUUUUUUAACAGAAAAAAUUUUAGAAUCUGUGUUUCAUUUGCUUACUGUUAUCUACACUCUAUAACAAAAAAAUCGACGCACCAAGAAGGAGUUGUC